UUCCGUCUCCAAAGACGCUCAAGAUUCUAAAAAUGGCGAUGAUAACGAUGGCCAAGGCAACUUCACUCUGCAGCACCAACCCGACGAUAUCAUCCAGAAUCCGAUCAAACCCACGUGCCUUCAGAUCGGUCAAUCCGACGGCGAGAAUGCAGACACGUUUCCAUCGCCUGAUCGAAGAUCAGGGUAUCGUUCUCAUGCCCGGAUGCUACGACGCCUUAUCGGCGGCUAUUGUGCAGCAGACCGGAUUCUCCGCCGGAUUCAUCUCUGGAUACGCCGUCUCCGCCUCUCUCCUCGGAAAACCCGACUUCGGUUUGCUCACACCGCCGGAGAUGGCGGCGACGGCAAGAUCGGUUUGUGCGUCGGCUCCGAAGAUACCCAUCAUCGCGGAUGCCGAUACGGGUGGUGGCAAUGCCCUUAACGUUCAAAGAACCAUAAAGGAAUUGAUUGCAGCAGGUGCUGCUGGUUGCUUCCUUGAGGACCAGGCAUGGCCAAAGAAGUGCGGUAAGAAACCUAAUAUAUCUUUCUUUUCUUCUGUUUUGUUUUUUUCAUUGCAAAUCUGUAAGCUUCUAUCAAAGAUCUCAACUAAUUAUUUUCGUUUCCCAUU